UCCUGAGCAGAGAAUGAAUGGUCAUGUAAGGAGUAUGAUUGUUCAUCAGUGGAAGGGACCAAUCUCAACAAUCCUCUCUCUCCUGCUGCUGAUGGACUGCACCACAACUCUGGAAGCCAACAGGAACCAGCAGUGUGGGAAGUCUCUGCAGCAGACUCUCAAGCUGACUCGACUCAUUCAGAAACAAUCUGUGGAAUUAAUCAAAACAUAUAAAGUCUCGGUCGGAAAUUCAUCAGACCUCAUCUGCAGAGCCUCCCUCAACAACAUUCCCAACCCCAAAAUAUCAGGGAUGGAACCAUCAGAGAGGAUCGUGAGCAUCUACACCAAGCUCCAAGCUUUCUUCCCACAUUUCAAACGGGUUUACAUGCAGCAGGCAGACUUGCAGCCGCCCACCAGCCCGCUGCUGAAAGAGCUGUCCCAAGUCGAGAACAGAAGCAAAAACCUGCUCACUCUCAUCAAAGGUUUUUACCAGAACUUCUUCCCAAACUUGCCACUACCAGAACCUGCGGGCGGGACGACCACCCUACCACCCGCUCAGAACAUCUUCCAGCAAAAAGUCUAUGGAUGUGUGGUUCUGAAGACCUUCAAAGACUUCCUUUUGAACGUUUCCCGAGAAGUGAGAGUUCUCAAGAACAAAGUCUGCAGGACACAAGUCAACGUGCUCCUGUACUGACUGUAGAAACCAUUCUGUAUCAGAACUUUUCCUACGCACUCGAUUUUCUAAAAGACUACAGAGGAUGAUGUUGGCUGACAAAUGUGUCCGUCUCGGAGCCUAUUUAUGGUAUUUAAUAUUUAUUUUUGGAGUAUUUUGAAGGAAUUUCAGUUAUGA